GCAAGUUUAAACAAAUAGAGAUAUUGAACUGACCAACCGUGAUGUUUCUGUAAACAACCUCAGAGUUUUCCAACAUACUUGCUGCAUAGGUACACUGAGGAGCUAUACACAAAAGUGACCCUUGGGUGCAGAUAAUCUUAAUGCCAGCAUUAUGGGACAUCAGGUGAUAAUAUUUGACUUUUCAGCCAUAAGAGGUUUAUGGGAAAUUCGAGUGAAGAAGCACAAAGACAAACAGAAAAAGGAAAAAGAACGAGUAGCUCAGAGUGCAUUAGAAAAGAUAAGGCAAGAAUGGGAUAUUAUGCUAGACUGCAGAAGAAAAGGCAUUCCACAGGCUGCAUAUUUGAGUAAUGGUUUCAUCGAUACUAACAGCAUUUUGGAUAAACUUGAAAAGAACUCACCACUGAUUAAGAAGAUUGCCUUGCUGAAUGACAAAGAAAGAAGCAAAUUUAUUUUUCAACUUUCAGGCGAACAUUGGACAGAAUUACCUGAUUGGCUGAAAGAGAAAACAUACCUAAAAGAAUGGCACGUAAACAAUACUAAGAUCUCAAGCAUUCCAAGUUACAUUGCCUUGUUUCAGGAAAUGAAAAUUCUUGAAUUAUCCAGUAAUCAGAUUACAGACCUCCCCGUUGAAAUUGGUUGUUUAAAAAACCUAAAAGAGCUAAAUGUAAGUUUUAACCGUUUGAAGACUGUCCCUCCAGAACUGGGAAACUGCGAGAAUCUUGAAAAACUUGAUUUGUCUGGAAAUUUAGAACUAAUGGAGCUUCCAUUUGAACUAAGCAAUUUGAAACAAGUGAGUUUUGUAGAUGUAUCAACAAACAAAUUCUUUUCAAUCCCAAUAUGUGUACUCCGGAUGUCAAAUCUGCAGUGGCUUGAUAUAAGUAACAACGGUCUGAGAGAUCUCCCACAAGACAUAGACAGGCUAGAGAAGUUACAAACUCUUCUUCUGCAGAAGAACAAACUGACCUACCUUCCACAAGCCUUGGUCAACUUGCCAAAACUCAGUUUAUUGGUUGUGAGUAGUAAUGAUUUGGUUCAGAUGCCCACAGCCAUCUGUGACUCUUCCACCGGCUUAAAAUUUAUAAGCCUGAAGGAUAACCCUCUUGAAACAACCUCAUUCCAGGAGAUUCAAGAAAUGACAGAAAGUGACCGAGACCGUGAGCUGUUUGAAAAAGAAUUUAUGAAAGCCUAUAUUACAGAUAUACAAGACAGAGAGAUUGUUCCUUGCUAUACCACAAAAGUAUCACUUAGCAUCCAAAUAUGAACAGUGGAAUUUCUAUAAACAGAAACUCGAAAGAUUUACUUCUGCCAGAUGAAUUAGAAACCAUCCUCAGCAUAUAAUAGCAACAAAAGCUCUUUUUAAGAAGAAAAGAAUAAGCUAUCAAUAAUAACAAAAUUGAUGCAUAAUGGAAGAUUUAAAUGACUGGGUAGGCAUAUGAUAGUUGCAAUCAUAUAUAACCAUGACUGCAUUCACUUUGCAAAAUGUUUCUGUUAUGAAAAAGGAAUAUGAUUAUACUUAUAUACUUAUAUGAAAAAAGUAGAAAGAUUUAGGUUAUAAGGCAUGUGUUGUAAUUUUUUUUCCAGAUGAAACAAUAAACAUUCUGAUUCUUUCCUAUCCCAUCGUCAGUGAUAGUCAUUUGAGCCCUGUAAUCUACUGGAGAAUUAUCGGAGUCAAGGUGUAAUUAACUGUGCUACUCUAUGCAUGUUUACUCAGUUCUACUCUGUACAGUUCACUGCCAGGAAGGUAAACCUAUUCCCUGGAUUCAUUACAUCUACUGUAGAUUCCAUCUUUCACCUUGGAAUUCAAAGUGGUUGCAGGGAUGGGUAAUUGGAUCUAUACCACCUUGUGAGUUAGAUCGUCUGACAUAAUGUGAUUAGCCUAAAGGCACCCACUGAUCUUCAUAGAAUGUAGACCUGAAUCUAGAUCAGUGUAUUUGCAGUUCAACAACUUAAUUACAUUUUUAGAUGGGACGAAAGAUUUGCAAAUAAAUAUAUUUUACAGACUUUAUUUUGCAGGGUUUUUUUUGCAUAUUUUACUGUGAUUGCCCAUGGAUUGUUUAGGUAGCCUGAUAGGAUAUACAUAAACUUGAUGAUCAACAUUGCAGUUAUAUUUCUGAAACCUUAUAUUGUCCCACUUCCUAAAAUACAUUUACCUCCUACUUCUUCUUGAAUGGUAGUCUCAGGCAAAGCUAUUGCUUACUUUCUGAGUUGUGUAAAUGGUACAUAAGAAAAA